CGCCUCCCCGCUUCCCUCCACUCCUCUCACCUCAGCGCCACCACUCCUCCUCCUCGAGAGCCAUUCUUGGUCCCCGACCACUGCGCAUCGAUCACUUCUUGCUCCGACCGAAUUCGCAGCAAUGGAGGGCGCAGAGGAAGGCGGGAGGGCGCGGCUGGUCUCGGAGCUGGUCCGCGUGCAGGAGCUUGUGCGCCAGCUCGAGCUGCAGCUGCACGCGCCCUCCGACACCUCCGUCGAGUUCUGCCGCAGCAUCGCCCACCAGAUCGUCGCGCUCACCGACCGCUCCAUCGGCAUGGUCACCGCGCACCACUUCCCCGCCACGCCGCCGCUCUCCGGCUCGCCCAGCCCGCUCAGCGACGCCGGGUGCGACCAGCAGCCCUUCCGGACCACCAGCCCCAAGAAGCGGAAGGUGACGGCGCGGUGGGCGAGCCAGGUGCGCAUGAGCGCGGCGGGCGGCGCCGAGGGCCCCGCCGACGACGGACACUGCUGGAGGAAGUACGGCCAGAAGGACAUCCUCGGCGCCAAGCACCCGCGGGCAUAUUACCGUUGCACCCACCGCAACUCCCAGAACUGCCCGGCCACCAAGCAGGUGCAGCGCACCGACGACGACCCCGCGCUCUUCGACGUCGUCUACCACGGCGAGCACACCUGCAAGCCCGGCACCGGCGGGAACGCCAAGAGGCCGCAACCGAAGCCGCAGCACAACCCGCACGCGCUGAGCCUGCUGCAUGGCCUCGCCGCCGGGCUGACGGUCACCACGGACGGCAUGAUCGGCAGCGCGGCCCUCCCGCCGCUGACGCCAGAGAGCUGCCCGGCGCGGGGCGCAUCGUCGCCGUGGUCGCUGGCCUCGCCCGUCGGCUCGGACUCCAAUGGAUACCUGGGCGUGUCCCAGGGCCCUGUGCCCGGGUACAGGGAAUGGACAUCGGGUGGCGACCUCCAGGAGGUGGUGUCAGCGAUCGCCACGGUGUCAGGGGCGCACCAGCCAUCGCCGCUGGACACCGAGUUCAUGGCCAUGCCUGAGUACUUUGGGUUCGACGCGAGCUUCGAACCCUAUGGCGCCGACGCAAUGCCCAGCCUCUUCUUUCCAUGAGGGGAAAAGGAACAUUUGCAAGUGUGACAGGCAGCUCUGUCCAUGACAGGAGGGAAGAGCAGAGGAGCUUCUUCCUAAGAUCAGUGCAGACUGUGCAGUGCACGUGUAAGCUGUAGCAGAAAGCAGCCAGCUUUAGGAUAUCUGAAUAGUUCUCUUGUUUCAUUCCCCUUUGUUUUUUCCACUUCUCAACUUCUUGGGUUGGGUUUUGUUGAUUUCAAUCCGCAAGCCAAAAAAAAAAAAAAAAUACUAUGGAAAGUUCUGCUCA